UAAAUUUUCAAAAUUUUAUAUAACCAAGAUAGAAAGAAUAAAUCUUUUAAAUUAAUAAAUAAAUUUAGAAAAUAAUUUAUAAAGCUUAAAAAUCAAACAUUCAAAUAAAAAACCAUAAACUACUGCUCUUUUUUUAAUUUGCUAAAAAUACAUUAAAGUUAAGCUUUUUUUAAAAAAAAAUAUUAUUAAAUGGAGAAAGAACUUUUCUGCGCCUAUCAUGUAGGCUAAAACAUAACAAACUUUUGUGAAGAUUCUUAAUGCUUAAUGCCUCUUUGCCCUAAAUGCUUGCCAAUUCAUACAUCUGAGCAUAAAUAAAACAAAACAUAUGGGUCAUUUUAACCAAUUGAUGAUAUGAUUUAAAGAGCUACAUCAAUAUCUAAGUCAAAAAUAGAUAGCUAUAAAUAAAUCUUAGCAAAGAAUGAAAGAUCUUCAUAAAACGGAUCAGAACUGCAAACGUAUCUAAUCAGAUAAUUAAAAGAGGCUAAGGAAAAGGUAGUUUUUGAAAUAGAGACAUUCUUCAAUUCUUUAGAAAGCAAGUGCCAAAAAUUAUGCACAGAGUUAACUUACAAGAAAUCAAACAACUUAAAGAGUGAGACAUUUGAUGUCGAAAAAAAGAUACGUUAAUACUAAGAAUUUUUAGAUGGAAUCUAAAAAAAGGAAAAAUGCUUAAUGAGUUUGAUCCGUAUUUUUAAAGCAAAUAAAGAAGAUCAAUUAGCAAAUAAUUUUGAAUUGGGUCACUUAAAUAGCAGUAGCGAAAUUCCAUAAAAUGACUUAAAAAAAAUAUAAAUCAAAGUAGACUUAGAGAAACUAAGUGAGAUCACAGACUCUUUAAGCGGUUAUGUCAAAUUAGUUUACAAUUAGUAAUAAAAAGUAGCUAAAAAGUAAGUUAAGUUUGAUGAAAAUAGCUUGAGCAAUAAAUCUGUAAAUUCGAGUUAAGAUAUAUCACCUAUAGUUUUUGAGUCACCUAACUCUAAGAUAAAAACAGACAAAGCUAAGGCAAUAAAAAGAAAUACAAAUAAUGUUUAUGAUAAAGACUAAGAGUUAGAAGAUGAAGACACUACUUCAAACAAUUCUUAAAAUAAUCUACAAGAAAAACAACAACAACAAAACAAGUAAAAAGGAUUUUAUAAAGAAGCAGAUGAUAUAUACUUAAUUAAUGAUCCUGACAUUAUAAGACUAAAAUAAAAGUAAGAAGAGAGAAGGAUUAAAAAUGAGCUAAGAGAAAUUGGAAUGAAAAAAAUAACCUCAAAUUCGAACAUCCCAUAGAGUAGCAAAGUCAGAAGACCUCCAAAUUCAAUAGAAGAUAAAUUGGAAGAGUUUAAUGAACCUUCUAAUAAUUUCAUUACAUUUGAAAGACCAUCAAAAGAUUAACUGAAAUAAUUCGCUAAACCAGAAGAGCUAGAGUUUUUAGAAAAAGUUUAACAAAAAUCUAUUUAGUUGUAAUAAGAAUUUGAGAAAUAGCAAAAUGAAAUAUUCUAGUCUGCAAUUAAUUAUUAGAUUCCAGUUCCAUAAAGAAAUGUUUAUCAACCUAGAUAAUUCCCAGAAUAAAAGUAAUUAUAAUUUAAUUCAUAAUAAGAUUUACAACAGCUUCCACCAGUCUUUAAAAGCCAUAGUGCAUCAUAAUCAUAAUCAGAAGUAGAUAUUAGUUCUCCAUCUGGAAAAUAAAAUUUAUAAAAUAAAUACACAACUUAAUAGCAAGUGCUAUAGAGAUCACCUCUAGCUGAUAGAUUUGAUUAAAAUAGCUUUAAUAGGAAUCCAUCUGAGUUUAUAAAUAAUUAAUACGAAAACAAUUUCAACAGAGUAUAAUCACCUUACAGUUUAAAGUCUCAAAAUAUGAAUAGUCCAAACAGUAAAUUGGUCUAGAAUCCAAUCAAUUAUGAUAUCUAAAGCAACGGAUAUCAAGCCUAGUAACAAUGGAAUAAUAAAAAAAUAUUUUAUAAUUGA